AUGCUCGUCAAGGGCACGCGUAUUGACCGUCAGCGGUCCCGCGCGACUGGCACGUCGAGGACGCCUCUCCACGCCAAUCUAGUGCGAAUUUUAAGAUCGUUCAGGAUACCCUUUGAUCAGUUUCAUUUGGGUCCAUCGCCGCCUCUCAUCGGUAAAUUGCCGCCGUUCGGUCUUUUUCGGAAGGUCACGUGGUCGGCCUGGGAAGCUAUUGAAACUUGGCCUCAACCAUCACGGCGAACGCGCGGAGAGCACGAUGAUAGGGAGGCUACCCUCGAUGCGGAAAUCUCUCCUCAUGACGAUGAACGGCAGCGUAUUUCUCAGAGGACACUACCUUCAGAGAGGGCUGCUUUCACCCCUAGUCGGCUACCGAUUGGAACUCAGGCGGUCAAUUCGCACAGUAUCGACUCUCGACCCCAGAGCAUUUGCUCUGCUGAUGCACUUGACCUCUCGGCUGCUCAAUCCGCCUUCGUUCAACUGCCGUCUGGUCGUUCGAAGAUUCGAUAUCAGCGGAACAACAAUGGUCGUUCUGACAGGCAUGUCCCAUUCCCUGACAAAACUGUUGGAUUCCUGUACUUCCACGCGCCGUCGUGCUCGCUGCGCUUUCUCAUCGUCCCCAGUUGCCUUCCCAGGGACUUCGACGCCGGGCACGAUCUGUGCGCGCACAACGGUGCGGUGACGUGGGGAACGCGCGCUGCCAGCCUCGCGCGUGGACGCCAAACAGAGACCCUCAGACAGCAGCUAUUGAAUGAAGGGCUGAUCGAUUUGCCUGCCCUGCAGUCGAGAGCACGCACGACAACGGCCCUGCACCACGAGGAAAUCUCUAAUCGUGACCUGCAGGACCUCUCCGACUGCAAUCGCAAUGUGGGGGUAUGGCUGGUGCGACCGGAUGGCAGCAGUGUACGCCUGUACAUCUGCUACGCGCAGCGCAAGGGCGUGAAGAAGUUCCCCAGCGGCACUCGAGGUUUUCUGUACUACCACGUGCCCUCCAACCCCUAUGACGGCGCGAUACGGCUUCGCCUCGCCGAGCAUUCCGCCGAGUUCGACAAUGCCUCCGACUUGCGCCAUCCUGUCCUCGAGACUGUGUGGGGGGUUGCGCUCGAGCACAUUGCUACGACUCGAGACACAAAAAGAACCCAGCGCGAGGAGCUUCUCGACUACCUGGUGCAGAAAAAGUUCGUGACCGAGGAGAUCGUGCGACAUAUGCGAAUGGCGCGAUCUGUGGACCAGCUACGCGACGCGUUCUUUCUGAACUUCCGCAUGAAUCGCACCACCAUUGAGCUACGUGGCUACGAUGGUAGUCGCGCGCACCUCAGGUUUAAAGACGCAUUCCGCGUCGCGAACAGCACAAAACCUGCCUAUGAGGGGGCCGCGCUCGCCCAUCUUGUGAUCCUCGGGACCACCGAUACGCUGAUAAAUGUCGGCUUCCGUGUCCAAAAACUGCUCCAUGGGCCUCGUCGAUUGCCGGAGGAGGAAGCCGAUGGUCAUCCCGUCUUUCUGCCGUCAGAAGGAGCAAUAGUACCGCGCUAUAGGACGGGAAGGCCUGUGACUACACGCGUCGAGAAGGAUAGCGCCGCUGGACGCAUCCUACUGCAGAUGAUGGAGCAGGAGGAUGGGGAUGAGCGCGCAGGGGCGCAGUGA